UCAUUGCGAAUUAAUAUUACAGAGGCCCCAAAGAUACCAAAGAGCCCAAUGCAGAAAAGCAAAAGGUUUGACAUGCCAUCUCUCAAGCUUGACAAGUUGCCCAACAAAGAUGAUAAUUAUUUAAAAUAAUUACAAAAACUCUGAAUUCCAAAUUGAGGGUGACCAAAUUCCAAUGGAUUUUAAUACUUCAAGAAAGGACUACUAUAAAACCAAAAGACUUCUCCUUACUGAGUCUUUCGACAUGAAUUACCCAGUUGACGAUGAUAGCGAUACUGACACCGACGCUCUUUCAACAAUUUGGCUUAAUAGUGAAAUGAAGACUGAACAUUUUGAUGUCCCAGAAAAUAGUGAAAGGGAUAUUAGUAUUGAUGACAACAUUAGCGUCAUUGGUAAACUUCAAGAAAAUUUCAGACAAGAGAUUGGUCAUGAAUCCAAUCAAGAGCUCCAAACAUCGUAUCUAAAACAUGAAGAUAGUAUCAGCCAAAUGAUCUCCAAGUCCUUCCUUGAAGGACUUCCUGAUCAUGAAGAUAGUUUAAGCGAGGAGGAAAAAUAUAUCCAACAAGAAUGGGAGAAGCAAAUCCAGCUGCAUAAGAAAGACCAAAUUUGCCAAGCAGAGUCUUAUCAGGAAGAUGAAAAACCCAAAAUGGAGCUUUCGUACACUCCGAGAUACACUAAGCAUGAUGUUUAUUACUUGUUUCAGUAUCAUUUAAUAGAGCAUGCGAUAGAUUGGCUCUUCUUGCCAGAAGAGCCCAACCUUCUCAUAGAAUUACUCAAUGACCAACAGGCUAUCUAUGCCACUCAGACUUUAUCCAUGAUUACAGAUCAGAUGCCAGAGGGUGAAAUAAUGCCAUGCUAUUUCGCCUUCAAAGGCAUGAUCUCUUUAUUUGUUUCUGAUUUCGCAAAGGCAUUCAACUAUUUUGACAAGGCUUCUCUUGUUGAAGAUAACAUUCUCUUCUUAUUCUGGAAAAUAGUUUCAAAAUUUUACAUAUGGAUGGAGACCAGAGAUUUCGAAGAUUUCUCAAUUCUCAAGCUUCUAUUGAGCAAGUUCGAGCGCUUAUCACAGUUCAAUGUAAACAUAAAGUGGAUCCGCUUGCGGAUCAAGCUUUAUGAAUACACAAAGAUUGAUAAAUCAGAUUUUGCACUGAGCAAGGCAAGAGAUUCUGCUCUUGAAAUAAAAUCCCUGAAUCAAUACCUUGGGUAUAUCGCAUGGGCAGAGAUCUAUGCUACCACAGACCAAAUUGAUAAAUGAAUGGAGGUGUUGCAUGAUUGCAUUGAAACUGAGCCUAACAAGACUUAUGCUUACAUUAGGCUGUACCAUUACAAUCAGAAGUUGGAGAAACCUAAAGAGAUCUUUCAGCUUUUCCUAAAAAUUUACCUUUUUCUUAAUGAUACAGCUGAUUUUGUUGAGCAGCACAAUGAGGUCAGACACAGGCUAUUGACCCUGCUGUUUAUUAGAGUCUGUGCUUCUGAAGGCUUAAUUAGUCUUGCCAUUAAAACUAUCUGAACACAGUAUCAGGAAGAUGGUGACAAGCUUUCACUUUUAAUGGAAUUUGCAAGAAUUGUAACUCAUUUUGGAAAUACAGAGUAUGUCGGUGAAGCAAUGGGAGUCUUGGAAGAAAUAGAAAUGCGUGGCUGAAUCGAAAGAAAUAGAGAUGUUUACUUCCUCAUGGCCCAGAUUGAGAUUCUGAGAGGCAACAUCAUGAUAGGCUACAAACUCUUCAUGGAAGCUCUAAAACAUUUGGAACCCAGUAGAGAUCAGAAGCGUAUUGACUAUCGAAUUGGAAUAAAAUUGAUUGAGGAAAAUGCCGUUCUCUCCCUCGACCAAUAUGAUAAAGCUCUGAGGGAGUUAGAAGUUGUCCAAAUCGUUGACAGAAAAUAUUCAGAUUUAGUAAAACUAAAAUUGCAUUCUUGUGUACUCAAAGAUUCGAUUGAUUUAAUAAUAAUGAUUGACGGAGUAUAUAAACACAGAUACACAGACAUAAAAUUAUGCAUCUAUUACUUUGAGAUGGCAUUCAAACACAAGGAUCUCACCACAAUGGUAUAUCUCCGAGAACAACUUUCUGUUCUAAUAGAGAAUAACGAGACCAUCAGCACUUGUGAGUACGUUAGAGCUUUAGAUCUCAUCUAUCAUACUUACGACUUCCAAGGAAAAUUCAAAACAGCAAUAGAGAUCUUAGAUAGAAUAAAUUCCUUGGUUCCCUCCCUGCCCGACGACUACGAUCUUGAAAAAUUCAGAAAGCUGAUUCACAAUCAGAGGGAUCAGACUUCAGAGGAUACUGAAGAUUACAACAUCAGGGGUGGAGCAAUUCCAAUGUUGGAUUUUACCCAAAUGGAAAAGAUUAACAUUUCCAAACUCAUCAUGAAAGAAGGAUCUUCCUCUAGACACGAUUGUUCCCUUAUGUCAGACAAGUCUCCAGAGCGGAAAUCUAAAACAGCUAGGGAGAACUUUCUUGGGAACGCACACAGGAAUCUCUUUGAUUAUGACCAAAGCGCAGACAAUUUAUUGAGGAUUACCGAGAAGACAAAUGAAGAUGAAAAGGAGCUUCCUCUCUUAACACCAAAGGAGCAUAAUGAAACAGCUAAUCUCCUUGAUCUCUCCAAUCCAGAUUUGAGCAUUGACGUAACUGAGAAGGAAUUUAUGGAAAAUGACGUGAAUCCUUCUAAAAAUAUCACAUUCAGGUCAUUCUCAGACCCUAAAUAUUUCUUAGAAAAAGGAAAACUAUGUUGACGAAUUGUGCUGGACUACCUUGCCAAGAUAAACUUGCAGAAGGAAAAUGAGGAGAGCAAGUACCCUGACUUGAUCAGUUUCGAAGAUACUAGGGAUGACAGAGCCAUGCAAGCUCUUACUUCCAGAGACUACAACGAGCUUCUUGAAGAAGGUCUGGGUUCUCUAGUAGAGUUCCUCCUAAACCUAUUCUAUCGCAAGCAGUAUUACUCGGAAGAAGGCUUCGAAUCAAAGAAAGAAAAGGCAUUCUUCUGGGUUAGUGUUGUUCUUUGCAAACUCAAGAGACACGAGGAGUCCCUUGAUAUUAUCAAAAGAUAUUCCCAUAAGUGGAAUCAUAGUGAGAAGUUCAUUGAUUCCAUUAUCAAUGAAAUGAUGGAGGCAGACCCUCAUCUCAGAGAGAAGUAUCACUUUUAGCUUGCUAUAUUGCAACUUAUUUUAUUAAACCCAUAUUGAAGUUGCAAUUAUUUGU